UGUAUGACCCUGGCCACCUAAUUGGGUCGCGAGAUAGGGCUUGAGCUUGUUCACGGUCACCUCUCUUUGUGUGACUCGGGAAAUUUGCCGGGAGGCCACGAAAUAUACUGUCGACCUGGUUGGCCGCGUUGACCUGGGUCUGCUCCCUCCUGGUGUCGAGGUGCGGCCGGGCAUCUGCGAGCAGCGGCCGGCUUGGCUGGACGCCGAUGGCACACCUAUGUUCCUCGGGCCGGACACCGCUUACGGCAUCUCGCGCGGCGCCAACCUCUCGGUGUCAACGGCCGAAGCAUUUCCAUUUGGCUUUCCGCGGGACUUCUCGGUGCUGGCCACGUUUCGCAUGGAACAGAACACGCGAGGCUACCUGCUCUCUGUGUACGACUGGGAUGACGAGGAGCAGUUGUCGCUGCACGUGGGCGAGAACUUGACGUUCGCGCUGCGGUCCACCAACGGCAACGGCAGCACCGUCUACUCGGCGGUCUUCACCGAGCCUUUCAACGACGGAAAGUGGCACCGUAUGGCGCUGAGCGUGAAAGGGGAUGCGGUCACGCUGGUCAAAGACUGCGUGGUGCGCGAGACUGAGGAGAUGGCCCGCUCAGACGACGCGCUUGUCGACACCUCUGGUGUCACUCUGGUCGGACAGGCGUUGGACAUCACUGUCGACCCCUUCCAGGGAGACCUGCAGCAACUACUGGUGGUCCCUACUCCGGACUCGGCCUAUGAGUUGUGCAGUAGCUACGUUCCCGGAUGCGCCAUCCCGCUGCCGCCGCUAGACGCCGACUACGGAGACCCGCUCCUCAACAGAACCGAUCCUGCUGAGAAGGAGCCGCAGCCGGGUGGAGCCUACCACAACGAAACAACUCCGUAUUAUCCGGAGGGAGGUGCUACACCGAUCCCACCCUACUAUCCAGCGAUCAGCUAUCCCAUUGAGGGACCACCGGGCCCUCAGGGAUUUCCGGGUCCUGCUGGGUUUCCUGGACUUAAAGGUGACAAGGGAGACCCGGGAAGGGACGGACUCGCCGGAACGGCGGGGCAACCUGGAGCCCCUGGACACAUCUUCAUGAUACCAUACCAGACAGCGGGAGACACCAAAGGUCCUGACAACACUGAAUCGCUGCGACAGAUGCUCAGCCAGCACAUGCUCGCGAUGCGGGGCGCCCCUGGGCCUAUGGGCUUGACUGGUCUACAUGGGCCCGUGGGUCCCAUGGGACCACCGGGCGAGAAAGGAGAGCGUGGCGAGCAAGGAGCUAUGGGACCACGAGGAUUGCGGGGCCAGCAAGGAACAUCUGGAAAGCCGGGAAGACGGGGACGAAGCGGCAAGGACGGGGAACGUGGAAAGCCAGGGCCUCCAGGGUCAAAGGGCGAUAUCGGCCUUCCGGGUCUUCCAGGCCUACCGGGAGAGAAAGGUGAAAGGGGUUUCGUCGGAGCUCCGGGUGACCAGGGGCUCGUCGGACACGAAGGACCUCCGGGUGACGAUGGAGCUACAGGGCUGCCCGGACUUCCAGGAGAGAUGGGUCCACGAGGAUUUCCAGGCCCCCGGGGAUUCGUAGGACUUCAAGGACCACCUGGCAUACCGGGAUCCGAAGGGCCUGUGGGACCGAAGGGUAGCACGGGUCCUCCAGGUGGACCUGGCCAGCCAGGCCAGCAAGGGAUGCAGGGCGCUGUGGGAUCGCCAGGCCCUCAGGGCUCUCCAGGACCACUGGGACCACCGGGGCCUAGAGGAAAGCCAGGACUUCCAGGUCUUCCAGGAGCUGAUGGAAUGCCCGGGCCACCAGGAAAUGCUGGUCCGCACGGCGGAAAAGGAGAUAUGGGGCAUGCUGGACAGCAGGGGCCCACAGGAUUCCCAGGUCCUCGCGGCGUCAAGGGUGACGAUGGUCCACGAGGGCCGCUAGGCGACAAAGGCGAUAAGGGUGCACCCGGCGUGGAUGGCCAAAAAGGCGACCACGGACUUCCUGGUGACGGGGGUCCUCCGGGUACCGAGGGCGUCCAAGGAAUAGAAGGUCCUGAAGGCCCCAAGGGAUUCGAAGGACCUCGAGGAGAGAAAGGGCCGCCAGGAGCACCAGGUGAAAAGGGUAAAAUGGGCAUUCCAGGAUUCCCAGGAUAUCCGGGAACGACUGGACCGAAGGGCGAAAAAGGAUUUCAUGGAAAGCCUGGAGAGAAAGGUGACAAAGGCGACCGGGGACCAACCGGCCCACAUGGAGAGCGAGGCCAAAUUGGACCACGGGGGAACAGGGGCCAGAGAGGAAGAGUCGGAAAAAGAGGGGCGCCUGGAGAAAAGGGCAGCACCGGGGAACCGGGACCUCCCGGUAUUCCCGGAGAGAGAGGGCCCCAGGGCCCUGAAGGCGCCAGAGGAUUCAUGGGAGUGCCAGGAUCGCCCGGUGCGUCAGGAAAGGACGGGCCUCCGGGACCUCCAGGGGAGCGAGGGCCACCCGGUGAAACCGGCACCGCGGGACCUCCAGGGCCACCUGGCGUCAUUGGACCGGCGGGCCCUCCCGGUGAAACCGGAGUAUCCGGCGAUAUCGGACCUCCUGGUCGUCCGGGUGUUCCUGGUGAGACAGGCCUGCCCGGACCUGCGGGAAAAGAAGGUCCAACGGGUCCUGUUGGCCUUCCGGGCAACAAAGGCCCUCCUGGGCCUCCGGGUCCUCCUGGUUUUCCAGGAGAGAGGGGAAACAUGGGGCCACCAGGUUUCCCUGGUCCUAAAGGGGAAAUUGGGCUUCCAGGAGCACUCGGGCCACCCGGCGAGAAAGGAGACAUGGGCCUACCGGGUGACCCCGGACCUGCCGGUGAAAAGCCUCAGGGGUAA